AUGAGUAAACCGACUUUUAUUUUCUCGCUCGGUGCUUGGAUGCACCCUGCGGUCUUUGAUACUGUGCGUACGCGGCUGGAGGCUCUUGGGUUUCCGUCCGAGUGUCCCGCUCAUCCUUCGAUUGGGGCAGAGCCCCCUUCCUUGACGCUGGAUGAUGAUGUUUCCUCUCUACGAAGUGUAUUGACGGCUGUGGCGGAAGAGGGGAGAGACAUCGUUGUAGUAGGUCAUUCCUAUGGCGGUGUCGUGGCAUCCUCUGCCGUGGAAGGGUUGGACAAGCCUGCCCGCACAGCAAAUGGAAAGCGUGGCGGAGUUGUGAGCGUUGUCUAUCUAGCUGCAUUUGCGCUGGACAAGGGACAGAGCCUUUUGGAGUUGCUAGGAGGCAGUCCUUUGCCGUGGAUGAAGAUCGAGGGUGACUAUGUCCACGCAGAAGGUGCUGGAGAUAUCGCCUGGCAAGAUCUGACCCUCGAACAACGGGAGAAGUGGGACAGCACCGUGACACACACCUCGCGCGCUGUCUUUUCAGGCGAAGCCACUUAUGAACCGUGGCAGGAUAUACCCUGUUCCUACAUCAUCUGCGAGCAGGACCAGGCACUGUUACCUCCCAUCCAGGAAUUCUUCGCGCUGAAGAUAUGCCGGCCCGGCCAGACCCACCGACUGCCUGCAUCGCAUUCGCCAUUCUUGAGCAUGCCCGAGCGCCUGGUGGGUGUAUUUGCAAAGUGCGCAAGUAUAAUGGAACUAAGUGUGGAUGAGAAUGGGCUCAGUAAAUUUGAGACGGGUAUAAGUGAAGAAGAGAUGUAUGUUUGA